AUGAAAACAUUGUGGGAGUGCAAAUAUUUCGAACCUAUUUCUUAUGGAGAACUUUUCACAUAUACUACUGACUUAUAUAAACAGAACCUUGCACCAUUUAAAGAUUUGACAUAUGCUCCAAAGUAUUGUGUACAACUGAAGAAGAAAGCAGAGUCAAAAGAAGUAAAUAAAGCUAAAUGUAAAUUCAUACCUGAGCACGUUUUCUUUGCUGACUUUGAGUGUAGUACGGAUGGCUUUCAUAAAGCUUUUAACAUCUGUUAUGACAGUGAAGAUGGUUCAGUUAGUGAAAGCAUUUGGGGUCAAAACUGUGCAACAGAAUUUUUGGAAAGACUUCCUGACAAGAGUUUAAUAUAUUUUCACAACCUCAGUUAUGACAUAAACUUCAUCUUAAGACACAUGACAGAAGUGAAAGGAACUCCCAUCAUUAAAGGUUCACGAACAAUGCAAAUAACUGGCUUAUAUAAAGGACGGGCAAUUAUUAUAAAAGACUCUUACAGUGUUAUAAAUAAGAAGCUUAAACUAUUUCCUGCUAUGUUUAACUUACAAACAGGACCGAAAGAAGUAUUUCCAUAUAACUACUACAGCAGUGUUUUGUUAGCAAAUGACAACAGAACUGGUGUCAUUUCUGAAGCAUGUAAGUUUAUCCAUGAUGCAGAUACAUUUAUGAAGAACAUAGAUUCCAUCAAAGGUUGCAGAAUAGAUGAAAACCACUUCGACUUAGAAAAAUAUAGCACGUUUUACUGCAAACAAGAUGUAAGAAUUUUAAGAGAAGGUUUUGUAAAGUUCCGCAAUGACUUAUUGAAAGAGUUUGAUUUA